AUGGCCGUCUCGCUCCAGUUCUCCCGGCUCUCACUCCGCGCCGACGGAUUCAUCACCACCUCCGAGAGCCGUCCCGGCGCUUUCAGCAGCCGGCGGGGGAGGAGAAGUCCUGCUGCCGUCCGAUGCUCCGGCGGUGCCGGAGACGAAUCCGGAUCCUUGGCUGUGGAUUCCGAUUUCGACUCCAAGGCGUUCAGGCACAACUUGACCAGGAGCAAGAACUACAAUCGGAGAGGGUUCGGGCACAAGGAGGAGACUCUCGAGCUCAUGAGCCAAGAGUAUACCAGCGACAUCAUCAAGACUCUGAAGGAGAACGGGAACGAGUAUACUUGGGGAAAUGUUAAUGUGAAGCUGGCUGAAGCGUAUGGGUUUUGCUGGGGGGUUGAGCGAGCUGUCCAGAUUGCGUAUGAAGCUAGGAAGCAAUUCCCGGAGGAGAAGAUCUGGCUCACCAAUGAGAUCAUUCACAAUCCGACUGUUAAUAAGCGGUUGGAGGAUAUGCAAGUCGAAAACAUUCCGAUCGAGGAAGGGGAGAAACAGUUUGAGGUUGUGAACAAGGGGGAUGUGGUGAUUUUGCCUGCUUUUGGGGCUUCAGUUGAUGAGAUGUUGACCCUCAGUGACAAAAACGUGCAGAUCGUCGAUACAACUUGCCCUUGGGUAUCUAAGGUGUGGACUACUGUUGAGAAACAUAAGAAGGGAGAAUAUACUUCUAUCAUUCAUGGUAAAUAUUCUCAUGAGGAGACUGUAGCAACUGCCUCUUUUGCUGGAAAGUAUAUCAUUGUGAAGAAUAUGAGCGAGGCAAUGUACGUAUGUGAUUAUAUCCUUGGAGGGAAACUCGAUGGAUCUAGUUCAACCAAACAGGAGUUUCUAGAGAAAUUUAAGUAUGCGGUGUCUGAGGGAUUUGAUCCGGAUAGAGAUCUUGUCAAAGUUGGGAUUGCAAAUCAAACUACAAUGCUUAAGGGAGAAACCGAAGAAAUUGGAAAAUUGGCUGAGAGGACCAUGAUGCAGAAGUAUGGAGUUGAAAAAGUCAACGAUCACUUCAUAAGCUUCAACACUAUUUGUGAUGCUACUCAGGAGAGACAAGACGCCAUGUUCAAAUUGGUGGAGGAAAAAGUGGACCUUAUUCUAGUUGUCGGUGGGUGGAACUCAAGCAACACUUCGCAUCUUCAAGAAAUCGCUGAGCUCCGCGGUAUCCCUUCGUACUGGAUUGACACUGAAAAGAGAAUUGGCCCAGGCAACAAGAUAGCCUUCAAGUUAAACCAUGGGGAAUUGGUUGAGAAAGACAACUUUCUGCCAGAAGGACCAAUUACCAUUGGCAUAACCUCAGGUGCUUCCACCCCAGAUAAGGUGGUAGAGGAUGUUCUUAAGAAAGUUUUCGAGAUCAAGCGCGAAGAAGCCCUGCUGGUGGCAUAG